UCUAAUCAUCAAGGGUCAUCAUAAAUAAUCGAGUAUGGGGUUGUACUCUCCUGUACAUAGCUCCAUCAUUCACAUUACAACACACUAACGGCAAGAGGCUACUGACGAUCUUUUCUACUUAUUCUCUCGUAUUUCCAAGAUGAAUUUGGAAGGGAGCGGCAUGACGACGGCAGGUUCGAAGCAGCAAAAAGUCAGAUCACCACAGAUUACCUUUGGCAUGAACUGGAAGAGAGUGCUACCUUUAAAAAAAAGAGCAAUAGGCAUUCUGUCAACAUCUGCAGUGCUCACAUUCAUCAUCUAUGGCUACGGAACAAUAUUCAUCUUUGAGGAAAAAGUCCUUAUAAACAAUCAAGAAAUGCACUCCCAAGAAAAUGUUAUUACAGUCAAAGAGCCACAGAGGACGCACUUAGCAAGUCUAAAUAUGUCUCUAAUUAAGCAUAGAUUUUCAGAACGCCUAAGGCUACUGCAGCAUCAGUGCCGAGAAAGGUCCAGCUGGAAUGAUCAGAGGACCGGAAAUUCGCCUAAUGACGUUUCUUCCAGCUGUGAUGUUUUGGAAGGUUACAAAGUCCUUUACUGCCACGUGUUUAAGUCUGGCCUCUCUUCUAUGUGCAACUUGCUGGUUCGCUUAUAUAACCAUGAAGAAAUCCUUAGAAGUGGUAAAAUGUAUAAAAUACUAGCUGUCCUACGGCCGACUAAGGAGAGAUUCUAUGAGGCAAUGAGGUCGAAAGAUUUCUUGAGGUUCCUUGUCGCCCGAGAGCCGCUCUCGAGACUCUUAUCAGGGUAUCGCAACAGAAUCAAAUACACAAAAGGCUACUCUUUCCAGCUCGCCCACUGGGGGCCUUUAAUUCUGAAAUACACCAGAGGUCUUCGGGAUAGUGAAGUGAGAUAUCCAAACAAAACCUUGAAAAUUGUCCCAACGUUUAAGGAGUUCUCCCAGUUUUUGGCAUCCCAGAACCCACGAGACUUCGACGCUCAUUGGUUACCUUUUGGUUUUCAAUGUGGGGUUUGCGAAUUCAACUAUACAAACAUUGUGCACUUGGAAACAUUUGAAGAAGAUAUAAAAUACAUCACAAGAAUAACAGGAAUAGACCAUGUUGUCGACUUGACAAAAAUCAACCUCAGAGAGAAUGUGGGCAUAGGGAACACAACAGAGAUCUUAAUAGAAUAUUAUUCGACCCUGGACCCAGAAACUUUGCAAAAGAUUAUCGAUAUUUAUCGAGACGACUUCAAACUUUUCGGUUACGAUCCAAGGCCACUGCUAAGAAUAAUAUCUCCAAACGUGACAAUAAAAUUUUGAUGUAUUUCCUGUGAUGAAAUCUGUGAAUAAGUUUCUUGUCUCUGUCGCAGCAAAGUAGCAUAUAAAACCAGUGGUUAUAAUCUCUUGUAGUGAAUUAUAUGAAUGAUUAGCAAGAAAACGCAUAUACAUUUAUUAUUUUUUCUAGGGACAGGGAAAGACAAAAUUUGUGUACUGGCCAAAUAAAUACAUAGGAUUUCUGAAUAAUUGACAAUUCCCGUUCCUUGCAAAUAAAUGAUGCAUUCCUUGGGACAUGAA